CCAGAGGCUUUGGCCGCCAGACACGGUUGGCUCCAGGCUUUCCUGCGGGUUUGGUCCAACAGCUCCAAACCUCCCCCUUCAAACGAGCAAGCUGCUGAACCGGCCCAGGCGGCCCCUCGGCCGCGCCCUGCUCCACGGGCGAGCCCGGCUUUGCAGGAGCAGGGGCUCAGGUACGGCGCUGGACGCCCCAGCGCUACCGCCUCCCCCCCGCCGCCGCCGCCCGGGGGCUGAGCUCACCGGCAGUCCCCGCAGCCUGCUCCCCGCGAGCGGCCAGGGCAGCGCCAGGAGCCGGCCCGAGCCCAGCCCGGGGCGGGAGCGGUACCGGUUCCUCCCGAGGCAGGGGAAGGAGGAGCCGGCUCGCUCCCACCUCUCGGGUGUCCGGUCACCUGCCCAGGCUCCUCCCCUCUCCCGGACCCGGCGGGGAGCCAGCUCCGCGCCGAGCGCCCCCCGCUCGGUGCCUGGCCGGCCGGGAACCCACGAGCCCCUUCCGCAACUCCGGAGCGACCGCGCGAGCCGCCUGCCCAGCCCCUGCUCCGGUCACCGGCGCCGAUUGAUUCGGCGUGAUGGGGCUGCUGCCGCUCCUGCACUCAGCUGGAGCGGACGGGGCCGCCGGCUCCAGCCGCAGCACGGUGGGGUGAAGAGCGCGGGCGCCUGCUCCCUGCAGCACCUGCUCCAGCUCCAGCUCCAGCCUGGCAAACCCGGACGCCCAGGAAGCGUCGCUCUCUAUGGCUCCGGAGGAGAUGCUUCAGAAAGUUGUUCGCUCACCCCCAGUUCUGUCAACCAGCUCCUCAAGAGGGGAAUCGCCUAUUAUUUCCCCAGCCAAGCAUAACGGCAUUUUGAACUAAUUAUUCUCCACAUGGCCUUCCUCCUGGUGUCAGCUUAUCUUUUGCUGACUCACACUCAGGGUGCUCCUGUUGAGAAUGGGGCACUGCUGGAGACGCUGAAGUCGCAAGUAGGAUUUUUCAAUAAUAAAAGUGAACACUAUUCUGCACAGGUGAGACCUCCUGGCACAAACCGACGAAUACCUCAGACGAUCAUUAUAGGAGUUCGAAAAGGAGGGACCAGGGCCUUAUUGGAAAUGUUGGAUAUUCAUCCUAAUAUUGUGGUAGCAACAACAGAAGUCCACUUCUUUGACUGGGAUGAGAAUUAUGUUAAAGGAAUAGACUGGUAUAGGAGUCUGAUGCCAUUUUCUUAUGAAAAUCAAAUUACUAUUGAGAAAACACCAGGCUAUUUUACCUCGCCACAGGCUCCAGAAAGAAUUCAUGACAUGAAUAGCUCUAUUAAAUUGCUCCUCAUUCUAAGAGACCCCACUGAGAGAGUAAUAUCUGAUUAUACCCAAGUAUAUUACAACAGACUAGAAAGCCACAAGCGUGUUCAGCCCUUUGAAGAAAUUGUUAUUAAAAAUGGAGCACUUAAUACCAAAUAUAAAGCUAUUCAGAGAAGUCUCUAUGAUAUCCAUAUGGAAAAGUGGCUUAAGCAUUUCAACUUAGAUCAGAUUCACAUAGUGGAUGGCAAUACUUUAAUCAAGGACCCUCUUCCUGAGUUACAAAAAGUGGAAACAUUUCUUAAUCUUCCUUCCAGAAUUAUGUCUUCAAAUUUUUAUUUUAACCAAACCAAGGGGUUCUAUUGUAUUAGAAGUGAUGGAAGAGAGAGAUGUUUACAUGAAUCCAAAGGGCGCCCCCACCCUGUUGUCAACAACACUGUUUUAGAGCAACUUUAUUCUUAUUUCAGAGAGCACAAUGCAGAAUUUUACAGAAUGGUUAAUCAUUCGUUUGACUGGCAUUAAUACAUUUGGAAUAAAUGUUUCUUAAAAUGUCCUGAAAUAAACUAUUUUCAAAGUUACCUUUGUAAAUGCUCUGGGGUUGCUCAGACUGAAAACUUCAGAAAUGGUUAUAUUGAAAACAUAGCCUUCAUUGGGGAUAGUUGUCCAUUAGCAGCACCCUUUAAACAUGGGAGAAAUAAAUUUGAUAUAUUUGUGUAUAACUACUGUGGGCCAGAAUUUGAUCUCAGUUUCACUGCUGCAAAUCCAUUGAUUUCAGUGGAGUAACUUCAGAUUUACACCCGUAUGACUGAGAUCAGAGUUGAGUCUCUUUGGAAAAAUGAGACUGCUUUAAGCAGUGUACAAAAUGUAGAUAGUUGAAAUGGUAUCAUUCAAACUGUUCUGUAAUUUUUGUUGGUCGUAUUUUUUAUAUCAUGCACCAUGAUAAUGGCAUUGAUUUCUAGAACUUUCAUACAGUAGAAUAAUGACAUAUCUUAAUACAGGGGACUCCAAAAAUGCUUCCUUUAAACAAUUUAAAAUCUGUGAAAUUAGCUAUUAUUGUAAAGUAUUUCCUACUUAAAUAACUAACACAUAAUAAAGGGGCUCCAGUCCAACUAUGGUUUUGAAUACCUACCAGCUUGCUCUGUGUUGAAGCUCCUUCUAUAUAAAAUGUUAGUAUUAACACUUGCGUGCACAAUCUUCAAACUGGUGGAGAAAAUUAACUAUUUGGAGAAACUUAAAAUUUUGGGGAUCAGGAUGCAAAUAGACAAGGAUCCAAAACACUGUUGGUUUACAUAGCAGUAUUGAUGUGCUUAAUAAAAAGUAAAUCUGUAAACAAAGUCAUUAGAUGUCAGCAAUUGUACAAAUGUUUAUUUAAUUACAUAAAUUGUCACUUUCCUCGUGAAUGGAAAACAAUUUUUCAUCAAUACUGAACUUAUUGUUUGUAUUUCUGUGACUAAUUGUUCUACUGCUCUCUUAGAUUUAGUUUAUGUAUCUAAUUUGACACAUUGUUUACUGAAAAAAUAUUAAUUGCCUACUCUCCAAAGCAUGGAAUAACUUUUUUUUGUAAUUUCUAUUUGCAGAUCAUGAGAUGUACUCAAAGUUGAAAGUAAUUUCAUGUAACUUGUAUAUAAUAUUGUAUAUCAGUCACAAGUUAUCAUAUUCAAGAUAUCAAUUAUGAUUUUCAGAUUUUCUACAAAAUCAUGUCAAUCCAUAUUCAUGCAUUAGGAAUUGUUUGUUCAUUAUAAUUUUGACAGCAUCAUGCUGGUCUUUUUUAGGUUCUAACCCUUCUCAUGUGUAUCAAUACUGAAAAAGAAAACCUACUUUAAUCAUUCUGGCAGGAGUUAUUUUUGCCAGUUACAGUUAUCCUGAGAAAUGUACUAGCAUUUAUAUUUGGUCGUAAUGAUCAUAGUAUGAAAAGUCUCUUAAUAAUCACCCACCAGUGUACAAAUAAGAUUCUAGAGUGGGAUUUUUAAAAUACUUUCUAUAUCCAUCAACAGGCUUGACUCCAGGCAGGCAGGAAAGAAGAAGAAAAUAUAGUCUUCAUGAUCAGUUGGAAUGUUGCUACUCAGGAACUCCAGUUUCACAGUGAUAGGUGGUGAUUCAGCCACACAGGCAGAGGUGAAAGUAAUCUGGUAUGGUACGGUAUGGCAUACCGGUAAGAAAGCCGGGACACAGCCAGCUGUACCAGCAGGGCCGCGAUGGGGGGGAGGAAGAGGGGAGUAGGGUGCAAAAGGGGCACCUUCCCCAGGACCCAGCAAUUUAAAAGGGCCUGGGGCUCCCGGCAACAGCUGGAGCCCCUGGCCCUUUAAAUUGCCACCGGAGCCCAGGGGCUCCCGCUCACCGCUACCCUGAGCAGCAAUUUAAAGGGGUUCCUGGCCGCUGCUAUUGCUGCCAGUUCCCCCACUUCUGCCCAAGGCCCCACAGCCACGCCCCACACACCUUGUCCAGGACCCCGGCCGCCCUGUGUACCAGUAAGUCCAUCCAUCAAGUUACUUUCACCCCUGCACACAGGUCACAUUGGUGUGAAUGGGAGUUUUGCUACUCAACCAAUAUUACUUUGAAAUAUUAUCCCUUAGCUGUUCCUAGUACUGUUAAUUUGUACCACACUGCAGUCCUGCAGUCUGUUCCCUAGCAAUCACAAACCUCCAUUCUGAGACACAUUGACUCAAUAACAGCGGAUGCCUUUCUGGAAGACAUAGUUUAGUUAUGAUAGGUUUCAGAGUAGCAGCCGUGUUAGUCUGUAUUUGCAAAAAGAAAAGGAGUACUUGUGGCACCUAGCUGUAGCUCACGAAAGCUUAUGCUCAAAUAAACUUGUUAGUCUCUAAUGUGCCACAAGUACUCCUUUUCUUUUUAGUUAUGAUGAAAUUCUACGGUCUAUUAUACAGCAGGUCAGAGUAGAUGAUCCUAUAGUCAUUCCUGGCCCUAACAUCAAGGAAUAUAGUGCUUACUGCACUGAGAUCGUGUGUACCUUGAAAUCCAACUGAAGUACAUGGGAACUGAAGUUAUUCAAUCCUUCUACAGUUGGUUAGUGUUCUCUUUACAUCCACAGCAAUUCCUCUUGAGGUUAAAUAGAAUCCUCACCAGACAAAGUUAAAUGGAAAUAUAUCCUUUGUCAAAACCUCUCCAAUAUAAAAGCAGAAUGUUAAAAAUUGUGCAGAGCAGCUUGUAUUUUCAGACUAAUAUUUAAAUUACCUACUUUUGCUAUUUUUGUGUGUAUGUGUUAAUAUAUAUAUAUGUGUGUGUGUGUGUGUGUGUGUGUGUGUAUAUAUGUAUAUGUAUAUAUAUAUAAUAUAAUUUCUUCAUUAAGAGCCAAUCACUCAUUCAUCAUUCAAUGAACUUUUCCAAUUAUUUUAGUUUUCUGGAGUAUCAAUCAUUAUUUAGUAAAUCUCUGAUUUGUAAAAGUGGGUAAGUACAUCAGAAAUGUACUUAGAGGAAUAAAUAAUUAUGGUCCAACUUUUUUUUACCGAAGUCAGAGUUGUAUCUUUUUCUAAUGAAAGGCCUCACUGGAAUAAGGGUCUGCUUAACAUGUCCCACUGAAGUCAAACCAGAAGUGAAAACCGUAUUCCAGAAGAGGACAUACCAUUAAUUUUUUAGCAUUCAUUUUUCCCCAGUAUUAUUCUCCAUUACUUAUGCAUUCUAACACUUUAGUUGUACCAUUUUUAACAUUUUGUUUUGGCAAGGUUUUGAUUGAGGUUAGUUCUAUUUAAUUGUAUCAAGCAAGUGUAAUGUCUUUCCUUGGCGAAAGAUCUAAGUUGAAAACAAAGCCUUAUUUAUAGUAGUUGCCAAUAACAGACGAUUUCACAAGUCUGCAUCAAAUUCCUUUAGGCUUCUGCAAGAAAGUAAAUACCUUUCUAUACAUUUGCCUGCAGGCAUCAAUACAGGUUUGGGGGGGUCAUUUUUUUUCUCUCUGAGGUUUACAGAUAAUCUUUAUGUGAUUAGUAUGUAGGAACAUCAGUUGGCAGAAACCUGUGUGCAUCUGUGAAAAUGUUAGUGUUUGUUUCUGAAAUUUACAUUUCAAGGAGUGCUGAUCUAUAUGGAUUAGUGAUGCAUAAAUCUACCUGAUUUGUCAGCAAAGUCUUCAUCCAUUUCUGUUAAUCAGUUCUGGGAAAAACAGCUAAGGGAAUGAAUUCAAUGAACUCCUUACAAUUUACUAUAGCAGGAGAAAUAUAUUAUGCAUAGUUGAACUUUGUUGAUCAACUUUUUUCAUUUACCUAAACCUCUCUGAAGUUUGGAUUUGGGAAUCCAUUUUAAAAGAUCCAGUUUAACCUUUGCAUUACAGCUUUUUCUGCCCAGUGAAUACUGAAGCGAAGAUUGCAACCAUAAUUUCAAUUACAGACCCCAUUUCGGUCUCUGAAACAUUCUCCUGCAGGGCUGAAAUUUUCCAUACAUGGGCUCAGUUGAAAGGUGACUUUUCCCCCAAAUGUAUAAUAGAAAAUUCAUGCAGCCAUCUUUUAGCUACAUGAAACUAAACAUAAUUUCCCCUUGUAAGGUAAUAUAAUUUUUUUUUAAUAUACACAAUUAAAAAAUGGUUGAAUUUUGAAACCUGCUAAUUAAAUAAUGCUCAUUGAGGAGUAUAUGCACCUUCAAGGUGGAGAAACUAUUAUCCAAGGAAUUUUUGAAGGUCAGGAAAUAUCAUCACUCCUGUUCCCUCCUCCUCCUCAAGACACCCCCCCCCAAACUUUUGGGUCAUCCAAAUGCUCAUUCUUCUGACACAGCCUGCCACCCAGAGGAACUGCUUCAGAGACCAUUUUCACAAGGGAGAUUGGUUUGGAAGAUUGUGCGGAGAUUGUUUUAAGCCCUGCCACUAACAUCAGAAACAAAAAUACUGUAUUGCAGAGAUUGAGGAUUUCUUUCUGAAACAUCCUGUACAUUUUAAGCUUUCACUUAAAUAUAGUUUCCCUCCUUUUUCAGUUGGCAAGAUACAGCUGUCAAAAUAUAAACAGCUGUGCUGUUGCCUUUUUUAAAUGCAGCCUUGCAAAGAACUGUCAACCAAACAACAGCAGCCACAACAGUGUGAAUUCUUUUUGCCUUGUCCCCAUCUGUACCCCCAUUCACCUCAAAUGAAAGAUUUUACUUUACAGCCUAACACUGAAAGGUCCCAAUAUUAUUCAGCUAAGGCGCACUUGGUCUCUCACAUACAGUAAUAAUUUUCCAACUGAUUUUCAUUAUUAUUAUGUACUGGAUAGUGUUUUUCUGUGGUACAACCCACUCACUGAUAGCAUGGCUUUGAUGGAGCCACACGAGUGGGCUUCCCCCAUCAUCUCCCUUAAGAUUCCUGGCAUAGAAAGGCUCUCUGGGGACCAUCUCUAGGAUUUCCACGUGAAUCUUCAGACACCCAAAUCCUAGAGGACGCAUAUAUGUCACUCUCCCAUCCCCACAAAAUACUACCCAUCUUUCCACUUCCCACCCCAAUGGGGAUCCCAAACCCAUGCAGCUCCCAAAACAGGGUCCUGGGAAAUGGUUACAAUUAGGCUGAACCAUCCUUGCAAGUGAAGGAGGGAGGAACAUUCACAUAUUUCAGGGGCAUGCACAAACAAAGAAAAAAUGCAAAAAUUAAGAAGGUUCCCACAGCAACCUUAACUCAUCAUUGCUCCCUCCCCCCGACCACCAUCACCACUCCACAGGAUCUUUUCCACUUGAUGCAUAAAAGUUUGAGUAGUGUCAUGAUGCUCCAUUGUAUCUUGUUCAAAAUACUGUAUCUGCUUUGGCAGAUUAACUAUUCCAGUUAACAGAGUCAGAAAAAACAUACAUUGCUUACAUGUUUCUGCUGUGGGAGGCAUAGACUAAAAGAUGAACUGAUUUGGGUGGGGGCAGGGACUCCCUGUAGUCUAGCCUGCAAAACAAUAAUUCAACUAUUUUACAAAAUGUAUUAAGGUCAUGGAUGAAAUAUAAGGCUAGAUGUGACCUCGCAAAGGCAUCAAGUCCAGGCCCCUGUGUAACGCCAACAGACCCAGUCGGCAGCGGGUGGGAUCAAACUGGGGACUUCUGGUGCUUAGAGCAUAAGCCUCUACAGCAUGAGCUAAAAGACAGCUGCCUGUUAGCUAAGGCUGUAGAGCAGACUCAUUUUUCUCUCUCUCUUUAAGUGGUCUUGGUGCCACUAGAUGGGAUAGAACACCACACCCAAGAGGUGUGUGGGUUACACCUGCACUGUGGCAAGAUCAAGUAUCCCUGACAGAUAUUUGACCAACAUGUUUUUUUAAAAAAUCUUCCAGUGAUGGUGAGUCCACAACUGCCCUUGGAGGUUAACUACCCUUUUAGUUAGAAAUGUUUUCCUAAAAAUCUAGAUGCAGUCACAGAGAGUCCAGCCUUUACUCAAUUACACUUUAAAAAUAUAACAAAAGAAAAACUGGAAGCCAAACACUGAGAAUUUAAAAAUAUGACUAGUGUGCAGGGAACUGGACCUUUAAAUUAUGACAAAGUUUAGAUUUUUUUCUUGCAGUUGUAAAGUUGAUUCCUGAGUCCAAGAGUUUGCAUUGCAACAGGAGGGAAAAAAAAUGCAGACACAUUGGAAUUAAAAUCAGUCGUAACUAGCCUAGUAAAUCAAUCACUACCAAUAGUUAAUGACCAAUGUUUUUUACUGGCCAAAUACUUUGCCCCCUGGUUAGCUGGGCUUUUAUUGCAAAUGACAUUAAAUUUCAGUUACUAUUUCAUAAAUCAAAUGCCAAUGUAAUCUUAAGUAGUGGCUAAAAUUGUGUCUGCACUAUCCUACAGUGAUUGCGCUGGGAGUUGUUAAUUUCCUUGAGUUUAAUGUCCUGGGACCCAAUUCAUCACAAUUCCUGAAAAAUUAAUGGAAAGAAAGAAAAGAGUUGGACUAAGGACUAUGAAUUUCAUGCUGGUGCCUUACUCAAAUCUUCUGUGACUGCUGUCACUAAUAUACCAUACAGAUAAAAAUAGCACAUUGUAUUAUGAACAUACUGUAUUCCUUUAAGCUCAUGUCAUGUCAAAUUUAUAAUAUCUAGUAAAGUAACAGCUGUGUAGCAAAUAUCAUUUAGUACAAUUUUGUGUUUGUGUUUGACUUGCACUUCUAUCCUGUAUGUCCUUUUAUUCUUAGUACAAAUAACGCCCACCAGCUUUCUGAAGGAAAAAAAAAGUCUUACUGCAUGCUCUUUAGCAGAAAUGCAGAAGUGUUUGUGGCAGAAGAGAAUGAACAGUUUUUCUUAGAGGUAGUUCAAAUGUUGCUACAAUGGCGCAGAAGGACAUGAAACAUGCUGGAAUUAAACGGCAGGAAUUGUGAUGGCAAUGAAGUUGGUUCCCAAAGCCGUCUCUUUAGUCAUGCAUUGAAAGUAGUUUUAGAAUAGAAUUUGCCUCAUUUUUCUUUCUCUACUCAGAAAUACAGCUAAGUAAUCAAAUAUUUUUGUCCUCCACAGGAAUAUAUUGCUGUAAACUUUUAGUAAAGCAUAGAUCUCUGGCUUGAAAGGAAAUAGGAAGGGUGCAAGGGAAGCACAGUGACCUUAGACUCCGUGCAGUAUGCUACCACUAGCCUGGAGCAACAUGCUCUGUGUCAGGCAAAAAAUCUGAGUUGCUUGAGCUGAGAAGUAAAACAACUUCAUACUGAAGUAUCUCUUUUUAUCCCUCCUAAAAAACCAUGUCCUGUAAACACUAAAAUGCCCUCUUUCAUAUAUAUCUAUAUAUAUCAGGGGGUAGCCGUGUUAGUCUGAAUCCACAAAAACAACAAGGAGUCAAGUGGCACCUUAAAGACUAACAGAUUU